AUGCCUAAACCGAAUAUUUUACAAAAUGAACCCACUAAUUUUAGAGCCAAAAUAUUUUACAAAAUAAUUUUAACUAAAAUGGCUUUACACAAAAUGGACCUCUUCACUCACCUUGUGAAAUUAUGUACCCUUCCUUCAAAUAUAGACAUUGAGGCCUUAUCCCAAGAGAUGCAAGACAUGCGUUUGAAUCUCAUACUUAUUAGUGGUCGGGCAGAAGGCUUAUUAGAGCUCGAAUUUGCAACAUUGCUAUCCAAAAUUCCGCACCCAUUGAAUAAUCUUAAUCUCUUCCCUCACUAUGGGAACUAUGUCAAGCUAGCCAGUUUGGAGUAUAGAAUUCUUAGUGAGAAUGGUCUGGUGCAACCAAAGAAGGUAGCCUUUGUUGGCUCAGGUCCAAUGCCUCUCACCUCUAUUGAAAUGGCUACUCAUCACAUGGAAUCUACUCAUUUCGACAACUUUGACAUAGAUGGAGUAGCAAAUGAUAUGGCUCGCCAGAUAGUUGCAUCCGAUUGUGAGUUCGAGAAGAGGAUGAAGUUUGUGACAUGCGAUAUAAUGGAGGUAAGAGAAAAGCUGGGGGAAUAUGAUUGUAUCUUUUUGGCAGCUUUGGUUGGGAUGAGCAGAGAAGAAAAAUUAAAAAUUGUUGGGCACAUAAAGAAGUACAUGAAGGCAGGAGGAUUUUUGCUUGUGAGGAGUGCCAAUGGAGCUAGAGCAUUUUUAUACCCCGUUGUCCGGGACCAUGACAUGACCGGUUUUGAGUUACUUUCAAUUUUUCAUCCAACAGAUGAAGUGAUCAACUCAGUGGUUCUUGUCAGAAAGCCCAUUUUUCAAAAUUAA